UCCUUCUCUGUUGAUUAGGGUUGCCCUGCAUACGUGUAUAUAAGGAAGCGUCAACCUGCACAAGGUGUCCUACACGGUCGGUUUGAAGAUGCAACUCUCCUCUGUGGUCACGUCUCCGAUGCUGCUGCUGCAGCUUUGCAUCGACAGUCUGCGCUUCAUAUUUGCGAGCGUCUUUUCAAAAGUGUGUUACGGGACAUCCCGAGUGUGUUGGGGAACACUAUCAUCCGCCGCACCUGUUGACAGAAAAGUGGACCAAGGGAAAGACCAAAAUGCGAUGACUCCAACAAGUGUCAACUAUCAUUUUACACGCAAGUGUAAUUACAAAUGUGGAUUCUGCUUCCACACUGCAAAGACAUCCUUCGUCCUGCCUCUGGAUGAAGCCAAGAAGGGCCUCAAACUCCUGAAGGGAUCAGGCAUGGAGAAGAUCAACUUCUCUGGAGGAGAGCCUUUCUUGCACGAGAAAGGAGAUUUUCUAGGGAAAUUAGUUCAGUACUGCAAACAGGACCUCCAGCUCCCGAGUGUCAGCAUUGUCAGCAACGGGAGCAUGAUUAAAGAAAAAUGGUUCCAGAAAUACGGUGACGAUCUGGACAUCCUGGCCAUCUCCUGUGACAGUUUUGAUGAAGCAACCAACCAGCUGAUUGGCAGAGCUCAGGGGAAGAAGAGCCACAUCGACAACCUCCACAAGAUUCGCAUCUGGUGCCAGCAGUACAAAGUGGCGUUCAAAAUCAACUCAGUCAUCAACACCUUCAACGUGGACGAAGACAUGACGGAGAACAUCCUCCAGCUUAACCCGGUCCGCUGGAAGGUAUUCCAGUGUCUGCUGAUUGACGGGGAAAAUGCAGGAGAGAAAGCCCUGAGAGAGGCAGAGAGGUUCGUCAUCAGCGAGCAGCUGUUUCAGGAGUUUCUGGAAAGACACAGCAGCGUGCCCUGCCUUGUUCCUGAGUCCAAUGAGAAGAUGAGGAAUUCCUACCUGAUCCUGGAUGAAUAUAUGCGUUUCCUGGACUGUCGAGAGGGACGGAAGGACCCGUCCAAGUCCAUCCUUGAUGUUGGUGUGAGGGAGGCCAUUUGCUUUAGUGGCUUUGAUGAAAAGAUGUUUCUGAAAAGAGGAGGGAAAUAUGUGUGGAGCAAAGCCGACAUGAAGCUGGAGUGGUGAAAAUCCAUUGCGUUUGUUGUUUUUGUCUGUAUAUGUGUUACUUUUAAAACUCAGUGCACUGCUUAUGUUUGGAGAAAAAUAUAUAUGUAGAAAUAUAUAGAUCUAUAUUGUUGUAUAUAUAUAUAUAUACCAUAUUAU